AUGAUCAAAGGAGAUUUGUUCCAGCUGACAUUAUUAUUAUUAGACACAAGUCAAGUUUUAUUAAAGAAGCUAUUUGUAUAGUAGCUACAUAAUACUAUGAUGGCAAAUCUACAUUAACUAAGAAAAAAGUCUCCAUAUUUAACUUAAUUGAUCAUUUUAAGAACUAGAAUAAAGAAUCAAUUUCCAGAAUACAGAAAGAUGUUAGCUGAUACAAAAAUAUGCAAAGUAGUCAUUAUAAUGCUUAAAAAAAUAGUUUUGAGGAAAAAUAAUGUAACUUCUAUUCAUUUCUUAUGGAUUUUUUACAUUGAUUUCCAUAAUUGUACUUUUAGACAAACAUAAUUUUGCAUUUUUUAUAUUGAAAUUUUAUUAGAUUUUGUAAAUUUUAUCUGUUUGCUUAUAUUUGAAAUUAAUUAAUUAGAAUAUAAUAUUAUUAAAUAUGUUAAUAUGAAUACAUCUAAUAAUCUUAGUGAUUUAGGUCAUGUAGAUUAUAUUCUUAUAAAUAAGGUAGGUACUUUAAAUACUUCUUAUUAUAAAUUGAACAAUCUUUUAUUUUGUUAAUUAUUCACAUUGAAUUAUGAUCAAUUUUAACAACUUUGUACUAAAAAUCAGUUAAAAAUUGAGAAUCCAAUAAAAUUUGCAAGUAUUAAUGUUAAUAAUGAAUAUUUAAUUCCAUUUAAAUUUGAGAAGAAAGUAAUCUUGCAGAUAUAUAACCAAGUUGUAAGUUACUUUUGA